AUAAUAGGUUUUGAUAUAUUGAUAAGAAAAAAUUUAAUGCCAAUAUUGCUUGAAGUAAAUUCAGCUCCAAGUUUAACAAUUGAGCAUGAUAUUUGCAAUACAUUUGAUGAUGAUAAGGAAAAUAUGGAAUUGUUACGGGUACGUUCGAUUGUUGAUGAA